AUGAAUUGUUCAUAUUCCCAAGAAACAUCAGAUAUGGUUAAUACUAACAAAAUCUUGAUUGAACUGCUUCUUAUUAUCCCAUUGUGUUUGCAAUUCUUGGUGAUCGGAGAUGGUUGCAUAGAGAUGGAGAGAAAUGCUCUUCUCUCAUUCAAAGAAGAUUUGGUUGAUCCUUCUGGAAUGUUAUCUUCAUGGAACGUUAGUGGUGACUGCUGCAAGUGGAAACGUGUUGAAUGCCAUGUCCAGACCGGUCGAAUAAUCAGUCUCAACCUCCGCAAUCAAGAUUAUCAAUCCCAAGUUUCAGGUAAACUCUCUGCCUCGCUUGUGAAUCUGAAAGAGUUAAGAUAUUUAGAUGUGAGUAUGAACAAUUUUGAAGGAUUAUCAAUCCCAAGUUUCAUCGGGUCAUUAAAGAGAUUGAGAUAUCUAAAUCUCUCUUAUUCCUCGUUCAGUGGAGUUGUUCCUCCACAACUUGGGAAUCUCUCAAACUUGGUUUAUCUUGACCUUAGCGUUGAAGCUAGUUCUAUGCGUAUUUUCAGCAAUCAAUAUCUAGUGGGGAAUAACUUGGGUUGGAUUUUUGAACUCUCAUCUUUAAAGUAUCUUGGUUUAAGUGGUAUUGAUCUUAACUUAACCUCGGACUACUUAUUUCAGACAAUAAACAAUACAAGUAUGUUGGAGAUACUGGAAUUAAGGGCUUGUAAAUUGAGUGGUUUUCUUCCCAAUUCAUUGGGACAUUUGAGUAAUUUGAAAAUUUUGGAUUUGGGAUCAAACUUCUUUGUCGGAGAUAUUCCAAAAUCAAUUGGAAACUUAACAUCUUUAGUACAAUUAUCCCUUUCCAAUAAUCAAUUAAAUGGAUCAGUUCCAGAAAGUCUUGGAAAGCUCUCAUCUCUAUCUAUUUUAGAUCUCUACGGUAAUCCCUGGAACUCUAACAUAACUGAACGACAUUUACAUAAUCUCAGUAGUUUGACGAAGUUGAGUAUCAUGAGUACACGUUUUCUAAGUACUAAUUUGGUAUUUGAUAUCCCUCAUGAUUGGUUUCCUCCUUUUACACUCAAGAACUUACAAAUUAUUGGAUAUCAAGUGGGACCCAGAUUUCCAAAUUGGCUAAGGAACCAACACAAGCUCAAAUACCUUCAACUCAGCGAUGCAAUGCUUUCAGAUGCCAUACCAGAUUGGUUUCUAAAUCUAAGUUUGAGUCUUUAUUUUUUGGACUUGAGUGACAACAAUUUGAGUGGAAAAGUGCCAAAUACAUUUGUUUUUGUAGAUGGGGCAGUAUUGGAUUUGAUGUCCAACAGCUUUGAAGGUCCUCUUCCUCAGUUUUCUUCAAACAUAAGCAAUUUCUAUUUAGGUAGCAAUAAGUUCAAUGGGACUAUACCCAAUAACAUUGGCCAAAUAAUGCCCAAGUUGAAACAAUUUGAUGUUUCGAAUAAUUAUCUGCAUGGAAGCAUACCGAGCUCUAUGGGUAAUCUAAGCGCAUUAGAUGCUCUAUCCAUGAAUAACAACAACUUUGGUGGCGGAAUACUGAGUUUGAUGGGCCAUAUGAGCUCGUUAUCUUUUCUAUCAUUGAGUAAUAACAACUUUGUUGGGGAAUUACCUAGCUCGAUAGGCAAUCUGAGCUCAUUAUCUACGCUAUUGUUGAGUAAUAACAACUUUGUUGGGAAAAUACCAAGCUCUUUGGGCAAUCUGAGUUUAACGGAAAUAUGGUUGAGUCAUAACAACCUUUCAGGGGAAAUACCUAGCUCCAUAUGCUCUCAAAAUUUGUUGUUUCUAUCGUUGAGUAAUAACAACCUUGGUAGAGAGAUUCCUCGUUCUUUGCACAACUGCACGAACAUGUUAAUGCUGAAUCUUGCAGAUAACAUGUUCUCUGGAGAGAUUUUGGCAUGGAUAGGAGACACCACAAUGCCAAUGCCGAGACUUCAAGUUCUAAAGCUGAGAUCAAAUCGGUUCAUUGGCCAUAUUCCAAAACAACUCUGCACUCAUUCUAGCCUCCAUUUCUUGGAUCUGGCCCAUAAUCAUUUUUCUGGCACCAUUCCUUUGUGCCUUGGUGACUUGACUGCCUUCACAGGUGAUCUCAAUAAUGACCAAUGGCACGCAUUCGGGAGGUAUCAAAAAGGAGGGUGUGAAGGUUAA